GUUGAAUUAUCCCACUAAUAACCGUCUCUGCGACCGGUUUAGUUUUUUCGCAGUGGGCAUCAAGCAAAUGUGAGAAUCAAAAAUCACAAUCAAAUCGCUGCUUUGCCUUUUCAAUCCCAGAAAUCGAAUCCAUCCAGAGUCAAGCAAACCUCGGAGAGAUCCCCAAAGGCCAAGAACUCUAGAGCCAGAGUCGUAGUCGAGGAUCAAUGGCUAGCGAUUUGAGAAGAUCAGUGGGGAACGUGAGGUCUUUCAUCGGAAAUUCCAUGGGAGGUCUUAGAGGAGGUCAGAGUCUCGCUUCUUGGCUCGUCGCCGGAACUAUUGCCUACUUUCUCUGGGUAAAGCCAGCUCAGGAUCUCAAAAAGGAACAACAGGCUAGAGCAGCUCUCGCAGUGGCCGAUCCAAAUCAAUACGUGGAGAAGAGGAGACCAAUCGCUGAUCCUCAGGUUACUGGUCUGAUUUAUGGAAACAAGAACAAAACCGAUAAACCACAGGAUUAAAAAAAAGAAUCUACAAGUUUUAAACAUCUCGUUGUAAGUUAGCUUCUACAGUUUUUGUCCAGUUUCCUAUAGCUAAAAGAUCAAUGUAUAGAGACAACUAUAGUUGUGACUUACAAACAAAGAAUAAAAAGAUGGAAACGUUUUUUCUGAAGGGUUCUUUAUAUGCAUUGUGAGGUUGAGAAUGGAUCUUAAACGAAGUUUGCCAUGCGUUGGAUUUGAAUAUUUGUUUACCAUAUAAACUGGGGAGAUGCAUCGACUUAUAUACGAGGAUUGUGCGAUUAUCUUUGCGUCUUGUUAGGAAAGUGAAUGUCCUGUUCUUUAGUUCGAUUGCAAACGAGAACCUUUGUCUUCCCAGGAUUGAUCACCUCUUUAUAUCAUGUGAUGCGAUUGAUAAUGGACCUCUCUGUGUUUUGUUUGAGUAUUUUAUUGAAGUUAUUUCGUGGAUGCAAUCGGAGAAUCAUGACUCGGUUUAGAUAUUCACUGAUGUUAUUGCGUGUUUAGAUCGGAAUACUCAAGUUUGGAGCAAUGCACUUUAGUGUCGUUGUUAUCUUGGAUGUUCUAUGAGUUUGUCGGAUGGUUUCGGUUUAUUCUGCUUUGCGUUCUUGGAUUGAUUAA